CCCGGCUGAGAGAGACAGAGAGCUGCUCGGUGUCGGACAUGGUGUCGCUGCUGUGCUGUGGGCCCAAGCUGGCCGCCUGUGGGAUCGUCAUCAGCGUGUGGGGAGUCAUCAUGCUGAUUCUGCUGGGGGUGUUCUUUAACGUCCAUUCGGCGGUUCUGAUUGAGGACGUGCCCUUCACUGAAGAGGAUAUAUUUGAGGACCCCAAUCCUCCGGCCAAGAUGUACCGCCUGUACGAGCAGGUCUCCUAUAACUGCUUCAUCGCCGCCGCCAUCUACAUUGUCCUGGGGGGCUUCUCCUUCUGUCAAGUGCGACUCAAUAAGAGGAAAGAAUAUAUGGUCCGCUGACCUGCCUCCCCCCCAUAUCCAACUAGAAGGUGGUCUGACCCACACUGAGACCAACCCAGUGACGACUUCUCUACGUUCCAAUCAAGCCACGCCCACAAAGCCACAGAGUUAUUUAAUAAAUGACAGUUAUUUAUGAAGCUGCUUUUGUUGACAGUUAGAUCCCUGCUGUAAAGGGCUGGGCACCUCCUGCGUGGUCCUUGGCCAAUAGUAACCUUUCACUUGCUACAAUCAGCAUACCAAUAGUAACCAACCCACCAACUGUACCUUUUAAUGGCAACAGUCCGUAGUCUAAAUGCAGAACUACAACUCCCAGACUCCACUAGUAUAAAAGUCUAGUUCCUCAGCAGCAACUGGAAUGAGCAUCCUGAAGCAGGGUAUCUCCUGCAACUGUCUGCUGCUGCUGCUGCUGCUACUACUGGGCUGGCUGCUUAAAGAGAUUGUUCACCUUUGAGUUAACUCUUAGUAUGAUGUAGAGAGGGAUAUUCUGAGACAAUUUGCAAUUGGUUUUUAUUAUUUGUGGUUUUUGAGUUAUUUAGCUUUUUAUUCAGCAGCUCUCCAGUUGGCAGUUUUAGCCAUCUGGUUGUUAGGGUCCAAAUUCCCCUAGCAACCAUGCACUGAUGUGAAUAAGAGACUGGAAUAUGAAUAGGAGAGACCUGAAUAGAAGGAUCAGUAAUAAAUAGUAACAAUAACAAUACAUUUGUAGCCUUACAGAGCAUUUGUUUUUAGAUGGGGUCAGUGACCCCCUAUUUGAAAGCUGGAAAGAGUCAGAAGAAGGAGGAGGCAAAUAAUUAAAAAAAAAACUGUAUAAAAAAAAAUAAUGAAAACCUAUUGAAAAUUAAAAUCAGCUAUUCUAUAACCUACUAAAAGUUAAUGUAAAGGUGAACCAGGUCAUUCCCGUUAUGCCUGAUAGGUGGGAGCAAUGCUGUUCUUCUCCCAGUCCCCUCGCUAAACCUGUUUUCUUGUGAAUUAGCCACUGGCCACCCCCCCCUCUGGUCCUACUGAGUAUUUGUAUUUAUGUGACUGUGCAAUAAAGUGACAGUGUUCUGUGACCAA